AUGUUUAAAUAUUAUUCAAAUAAAACCAUUGUGAAUGGUAUUUUAAAUUUAAAUAAAAAUUUAAUUAAUAAUACAAAGAAUCCAAAUAUUUAUAAUUCAUUUUGUAGAUAUUUAUCAACUCAACAUGAACAACAACAACCACAACAACCACCACAACAACAACAACCAAAAAUAUUAAGUAGAAAAGAAUUAAAAGAACAAAGAAUAUCACAAUAUGAUGCAUUAUUUAAAACUAAAUUAAAAGAUAAAGAGAUUAGACCAAAAGAAACUUUAGAAUUUUAUAAACUCCUCUUGAAUUCACCUGAGAAUAAAAUAAACGUUUCACCAUUUGAUCAUUUAUUUUUAGAAAGAUCUCUCAUCCCAACCAUUGCUUACAUUCCACUAAAAAUACUUUCAAAUUUUAAAAAUUUAAAACCAUUAAAAAAAAAUAAAUUAGAUCAAUGUAAAUAUAAAAUUAAUAAUAAUAAUAAUAAUAAUAAUAAUAAUAAUAAUAAUAAUAAUAAUAAUAAUAAUAAUAAUAAUAAUAAUAAUAAUAAUAAUAAUAAUAAUAAUAAUAAUUAA